GUUGCCCAUCAUGAUCCCAAGUCCCGAGCAGUUUACGCUUCACAUCUGCACCUUCCUGGCCACGACUGGUCUGGUUGGCUUGGCGACAUGGGUUCUCUGCACACGCGUAAUGACGGAGAGCAAGAAUACAGGCGCUGCCGAUGACUUCUUCGCAGGUGGCCGAUCACUGAAAUGGUACGUGGUCGCUGGUUCGUUGAUGCUCACGAACCUCUCCACUGAGCAGUUAGUGGGCCUGAACGGCAAUGUCUACAAAGACCGAAACCUGGCCGGUAUUUGGUUCGAGGCCGGUGCAGCCAUAGCGAUGGUGCUGACCGCCACCGUUUUCUUGCCACGAUACAUGGCGUUGGGGCUGACAACCACUUCGGCCUACCUCGGUGAGCGUUUCGACCUUUGCACCCGCACGAUGGGAUCUGUCCUUUUCCUCGUUUUCUACGUGUUUCUGGUGUGCCCUUUUGCUCUCUACACUGGCUCUUUGGCCAUGCGUAACAUCUUCGAGCUCCACAGCAUUCCACUCUGGGCGGUCAGCGCGGUGAUUGGCUCUCUGGGGGCCUGCUAUGCCCUCUUCGGAGGCCUCAAGGCAGUGGCAGUGUCCGAUUGCUUGAACGGCAUCGGCCUGCUCAUCGUCGGGGUUUGGGUGCCUGCGGCGGCGCUGUAUCAACUUGGAGGAGUUUCCGAGCUCUUUGAGCAUCCGGACGAUCUGAAACCGCUUGCUGAGCAUAGCAUUUCAGCGCCCUGGCAUGUGAACUUCACUGGGCUCUUCCUGAUGAAUAUCUACUAUUGGUCCACGAACCAGGUCAUCGUCCAACGAGCUCUUGCAGCCAAGACACUCGCUGAUGGACAGAAAGGUGUGCUUUUCGCCGCUGCGAUGAAGGUGGUCGGCUUCGUUUUCCUUUGCCUGCCAGGAGUCAUCGGCCUGGCCCUCGUCCGCAGUGGCGCCACGAUUGGUGGGAAGGUCUUCACCGUCCCCCAUGACGAUGAGGUUUAUCCAGAGUUGGUGAAAGCGGUGAUGCCGUUGUGGUCGCUGGGAUUCUUUGCAGCUGUGCUGGUCGGCAGCGUUCUCUCCAGCUUCAACUCAGCGCUCAAUUCUGCUGCGACCCUGUUCGGCCUGGAAAUCUACAAGGUUUACAUCAACAAGGAUGCGAGUGAUAAGCGGAUCGUCUUCGUGUCGACUCUGUUUGGUGGCCUGAUGACGUUGGCUUCUUUCGUCAUCGCACCGCUCUUUGAGCACAUCGACGGAAUCUUCUCCUUCCAGCAGCAUGUAAAUACUGUUCUUUCCUUGCCGCUUGUCUCCAUCUUUUUUGUCGGCAUCGCCACGUCGCUGCCGGAUGCCUUUGCUGCGAAAGUUGGCUUCGCCGUGGGUGUCGUCGCCAUUGCGGCGGGCCAGUUCGUCCCUGAGCCGUACCUACACUUCUUCCAUGUCUACUUCGUGGCUUUCGUGCUUGCUGUCAGCUCUGUCUUCAUCGCCACCUAUAUCCCUUGUCUGCGGCGAAUGUGCGGCCGAAUCGGCCGACCGAUUUCUUAUGUGCAGCGCACGGACAAGGCUGUCGUUGAUCUUGUGAGAUGGAGGCCAACGUACCUUUUAGUCGCAGGCCUCAUGGUCGUUCUGGCCACCUUGAUCGUCUCCUUGCAGAUCGGCUCUGAGGAGCUCUUCUACUCCUUCUGGGUACUAUGGCUGGCGGUGCUGUCUACGCUGCUGUUCUGGACUGCUGCCAGCACACCGGCGCAAAAGAAGGCCGACCUUGGGCGUCAGGCAACAGAGAUGCCAGAGAACCCGAUGGAGGCAGAUGACACAGUCGUGGGAGCGGAGUAUAUCAAGGGCGUCGUCGAGCAGCAGAACUUAUAG